UAUCAUUCAAAAUGGCUGACGUGCGGAAGGUCUAUUUACUUUAUAUUAUACUUCUAGCACACUCUGCCGUCAGUUAUGUGCCGAGGUCAGACUACGUAUGGGCAGAACCAGAUUCGCCUGUUCCUUCGAACCCAUCCAGCAAGUUGGGCAAACAGCUCAGUCUACAACGCGUGCAGGCGCUGCGUAGCGUCAUGCAGGAAUAUGGAGUUGAUGCCUUCAUAGUACCUACAGCUGAUGCUCACAAUUCCCAAUACAUAGCGCCAACAGACGCUCGUCGGGAAUGGAUAUCCGGUCUCCUCGGGUCCUCUGGUACCGCUCUAGUCACAAGUACCACGGCACUAGUGUGGACAGACGGGAGGUACUUCACUCAGUUCUACAUACAAGUGGAUACGACUGUGUGGGGAUUGGUGCGGCAAGGCAUAGACUUAUCGAUCAAUGCAUGGUUGGAACAAAAUAUGCCUAGUGGUUCAGUGGUGGGAGUUGAUCCCACUACCUACACGAGGACAGCCUGGACUCCUUUAUAUAACACAUUACGAGCUGCAAACGUGACAUUAAUGUCCAUUUCGGAGAACCUGGUAGACCUGGCUAGGACCAGAAUAAACGAUCCCCCACCACCUCGCCCUAACGAACCGCUGCUGGCUCUUGGAGUUAAUUAUACUGGUAGAAUUUCCAGCAGUAAGAUAACAGAGUUGGUAGAUCAAAUACGAACGAGGGGAGCAUCUGCACUCAUUCUAACAGCACUAGAUGAUGUUGCUUACACAUUGAAUCUCCGCGGCUCUGACAUACCUUACAACCCGGUUUUCUUCGCCUAUCUCAUCAUACGAGCAGAUAUAAAUGAAAACAACGUUGUACUAUUUUGGGGAAAUGGGACGCUUUCGGCAGAUGUGCGUGCGCAUUUAUCGUCAGAAAAUACACAAAUUGUUGCAAAACCUUAUGGCGAAGUAUUUGAUUAUAUCAGGAGUAUGGUGAUCACUCUACCACAAGGCAGGUCGAUUUGGUUGUCUAGAGACGCCAGUCAUGCUGUGUAUUCUACAGUUGAAAACAAUGGUUUAGUUAAUAUUAUAUCUUCGGUAUCGCCUGUAGCUUUGAUGAAAUGCGUCAAAAAUGAAGUAGAACUUGCGGGUUUCAGAUCAGCCCACAUAAAGGACGGUAUAGCGGUUGUAAGAUUUCUCCGUUGGGUCCACGAAAUGGUGGACGCUGGACAAACUGUUACUGAAAACAAUGUUGUGGACAAACUGGAUGAAUUGAGAGGCGAAGAAUUCGGAUACAUAGGGCCGUCUUUCGCCACAAUAGCGGGGGCGGGGGAGAACGGGGCUAUUAUACACUACAAGCCGUCCCGGGAGGGGACACAGAGGAUUAUUAGGAAGGAGGACAUGUUGCUGGUUGACUCUGGGGGACAGUAUUUAGACGGAACCACAGAUAUAACAAGAACCCGGCACAUGUCAACACCGAGUGAGAUGCAAAAAUUGACAUUCACGAGGGUCUUGAAGGGACAGAUUCUGCUGGGCACUGCUGUCUUUCCGAAGGGCUCUACGGGUAAUCUCCUAGAAACACUAGCGCGCAAAGCUCUCUGGGACGUCGGACUCAACUAUGCGCAUGGCACGGGCCAUGGGGUUGGACACUUCUUGAAUGUACAUGAAGGACCGUCCGGGAUACUUAGUGCUUUGAUAGCUACUGACCCGGGAAUCGUGCCGGGAAUGAUUUUUAGUAACGAGCCUGGUUAUUACGAGGUGGGUGAAUACGGCAUCCGCCAUGAAGAUAUAGUUGAAGUCAUCGAAAUGAAUCAUGAAGCUGAUCAUAUAUUUGCGAAGGGCUUAGUCGGUAACUUCACUGGGCAAGGCGCAGUUGGAUUCUACACGAUCUCACUCGCGCCGCAUCAAGCAAAAUGCAUCGAUGUUGAACUUUUGAGCGAUGAUGAGCUAAGAUACCUCAACUCUUACCACGAAAGAGUACUAUCAACUUUAGGUCCUAUUUUAUUAAAUCGUAACCUAACUGACGACUACGCUUGGCUGGAAAAGGAAUGCGCGCCACUUUACAAAAGUUCCGCCAUCUUUGUUAAAUCCGCGCCAUUUUUAAUAAUCGCGUUCAGUUUAAUAACUAGAUUGUAAAUAAAAUAUUAUUUUUGUA